AACGGUUCACUCAAUGCAGGACCAUCUGAAGGUGCCAUGUGGGCCCUCGGAGACAAGAUUGCAUCAUCGAUUGUUGCUCAAACUGCUGGAGUUCCCACUUUGCCUUGGAGUGGUUCAGGUUUAAAAGUGGAUAUAGAUUCAAACUUAUAUAAGCAGUUGGGGCAGAGACGAGAGAAUAUCAUCACCAUUCCAUACGAGAUGUACCAAAAGGGGAUUGUGACUACGGUUGAUGAGGCAUUGAGAGCUGCUGACAUCAUAGGCUACCCGGUGAUGAUCAAGGCGUCAGAAGGAGGAGGAGGUAAAGGCAUUCGAAAGUCACUGAGUGUUGAUGACAUGCCUAAUCUCUUCAGACAGGUGCAGGCAGAGGUUCCUGGUUCUCCAAUAUUCAUUAUGAAACUCGCUAAGAAGGCUCGUCACUUGGAAGUUCAGCUACUUGCUGACAAAUAUGGAAAUGCCAUCUCCUUGUUUGGCAGGGACUGUUCCAUCCAGAGGCGGCAUCAGAAGAUUAUUGAAGAGGCACCUGUCACGGUUGCUCCACAAGAUAUCCAAGAAGCCAUGGAGAAGGCAUUACUCCCUUUGAACUUAGCUCGCAUGGUUGGAUACGAGAGUGCAGGUACCGUAGAGUACCUAUACAAUGAGGAGGAUCGAACAUUCUACUUCCUGGAAUUGAAUCCCAGGUUGCAAGUUGAACAUCCGUGUACUGAGAUGGUGGCUGACAUCAAUCUGCCUGCUGUCCAGUUGCAAAUAUCCAUGGGAGUUCCCUUGCACCGAAUCAAAGAAAUUCGGUUGUUGUACGGCGAGGAACCAUGGGGAGACACCAUCAUCGAUUUCCUCACUCCUCAUCACAAGCCCAUCCCCAAAGGUCACGUGAUAGCAGCUCGCAUCACCAGCGAAAAUCCGGAUGAGGGUUUCAAGCCAAGCUCGGGAACGGUACAGGAACUGACCUUUCGAAGUAGCAAGAACAUUUGGGGAUACUUCAGUGUUGUAGCUUCUGGCGGACUGCACGAAUUUGCUGACUCACAGUUUGGUCAUUGUUUCUCGUGGGGCAAGGAUAGAGAGAGUGCUAGGGAAAACAUGGCAGUUGCAUUGAAGGAACUGUCCAUCCGAGGUGACUUCAGGACCACAGUGGAGUACCUCAUCAAACUCAUUGAGACUGAAAGCUUCCAGAACAACACUUGUGACACUGGCUGGUUAGAUAAGCUCAUCACUGACAAGGUGCAGGCAGAGAAGCCGGACAUAAUGUUGGCUGUAGUGGUUGGGUCACUUCAUGUUGCCGACCAACUGCUGCUCAGAAAUUUUCAAAACUUCCAAGCCACCUUGGAAAGGGGUCAAGUGUUGCCAGCCAGUUUCUUGAAGCACACGAUCACCGUGGAGUUGAUCCACGAGGGCAUCAAGUACAUCGUCAUGGUCACCAAGUCCAGCCCUAUCGGGUACUUCAUAUCCAUGAACAACUCGUUUGUUGAGGUCGAGGCACACAGACUAACGGACGGGGGUUUGCUGGUGUCGAUAGAUGGCUCAAGUUACACGACGUACAUGAAGGAGGAAACCAGCCAAUACAGGAUAGUCAUCGGAAACAAAACUUGUGUCUUUGAGAAAGAUAACGACCCUACUCAACUUAGGCUGGUUGAUUGUUUGAUUAGUUUGAUCCCGUCGACAGGGAAGCUGGUUGGAUAUUUGAUUGAGGAAGGUGGUCACGUGAAUGCUGGUGACUUGUUUGCUGAGAUCGAAGUUAUGAAAAUGAUCAUGGAGCUCAGAGCUGCUCACAGUGGAUGCAUCCACUAUUUGAAGAGGCCAGGUGCUUCCCUGGAUGCAGGCACCGUCAUUGCCACCCUGACCCUCGAUGAUGCUUCCAAAGUUCAAAUGUCGAAACCGUACGAGGGUCAAUUCCCAAAGACAGACCGGGCCAUUCAUCUCGGAGACAAGCUGCAUCAGAUCUUCGAUAACACCAAAUCAUCUAUCGAUCAAAUUCUCGAAGGAUACUGCCUACCUGACCCGUACUUCAAGCAGCGCCUGGACCAGAACCUGGAAACCCUCUCCAAGUGUCUCAAAGAUCCACACUUACCACUUCUUAAGUUGCAGGAGAUCAUCUCGAGCAUAUCAGGUCGUAUUCCGACGGAAGUGGAAACUUCAUUGCGCCAGUUGAUGGCUGGAUAUGCGAGCAACAUCACUUCAGUCAUGUGCCAGUUUCCUAGUCAACAGAUUGCCAACAUCCUGGACUCGCAUGCUGCCUCCCUCACCAAGAGGUCUGAGAAGGAUGUCUUCUUCAUCGCAACUCAGGGCAUCGGACAAUUCGUCAAAAAAUUUAGGAACGGGUUGAGAGGGCACACGAAACUUGUCAUACAAGAAUUCAUCAGGAACUAUCUGAAAAUUGAAACGCAAUUCCAACAUGGUUCAUACGACAAAUGUGUGUCCCUGCUUCGAGGGGCCAACAAAGACGACAUGACCCUGGUCACUCCGUUCAUCUUCUCACACUCACAAGUCGCCAAGAAGAACCUACUCAUCAUCUCGCUCAUUGACAACUUCUACAGCAAAGACCUGUCGGAGGACAUUUAUUCUUUACUACAGGAACUGACCAAACUCAACAAAGCUGAAAAUGCAAAAGUUGCACUACGAGCAAGACAGAUCUUGAUCACAGCCUACCAGAGUCCAUACGAACUUCGACACAACCAAGUUGAGUCCAUCUUCCUCUCUGCUAUCGAUACGUUCGGCCACAACUUCAGUCCUGAAAACUUAAAAAAGCUGAUAACAUCUGAGACCAGCAUUUAUGACGUCUUGCAAGAUUUCUUCUAUCACUCUAAUGAUAUUGUCAAGCAGGCCGCUCUUGAGGUGUACAUACAAAGGGCAUACACUGCUUACGAGAUAAGUUACAUGCAUCAGAUACCCACAAAUACUGGACAUAUUGUAACUGAGUUCAUGUUUUUGCUGCCCAGCACCCAUCCAAAUAGGUAUUGUAACUCGACGACCAUGAUUCACCCACAGCCGUUGGGCCUGCCACGCAUAGCCAGCUUCAGUGACGACUCGAUGAACAACCUCUUCCAGGAUAUCGUGCAGUGCCAUCGCAUGGGCGUCAUGGCCGCCUUCGAGUCUUUCUACGAAUUCACUUCAGAAUUAUUUUUAAGCAUGUCUGUGUUUGUCGGAUCGAAUCAAUUAAUAAGUUGUCUAAUUACGCUAGCAGUGAGUGAAUCUAAUCAUUUCAUCAUACAGAGUAGAGUGAGUGAACCUGUGCACAUCAUGAACAUUGCAAUCAGGUAUGCGAACAAGGAAGAUGAUGAGAGUUAUGCAUUCGUCUUCAAUAGAUUCUGCUUGGAGAAGCGCCAUGAACUGGCCACGUACGGUAUCAGGCGGAUCACAUUCCUGGUACUCCAUAAACGGGAAUUUCCGAAAUAUUUUACCUUCAGAAGUAAGAAGCAGUUUUCAGAGGACCGGAUCUACCGACACUUGGAGCCAGCUCUGGCGUUUCAACUUGAGAUCAACAGAAUGAGUAAUUUUGACUUGGAGGCAAUGCCAAUAGUUAACCACAGAAUGCAUCUCUAUCUUGGAAAAGCUAAGGUCUCGGCCAAAGGUCAAGAAGUAACAGAUUAUCGUUUCUUCGUUCGAUCGAUCAUUCGCCAUUCGGACCUGGUCACGAAGGAAGCUUCAUUUGAGUACCUGAGAAACGAAGGCGAACGUACGCUACUCGAAGCCAUGGAUGCACUGGAAGUCGCAUCAUCACAUUAUCAGGUUCAUCUUACAGAUUGCAACCACAUAUUUCUGAAUUUUGUACCAACUCUCACACUGUCCGAUCUUGCCAAGUUGGAAGAUACGGUGAGAACGAUGGUGAUGAAAUAUGGAAGUAGGAUCUGGAAGCUGAGAGUCAUGCAGAGUGAAAUCAAGAUGACCAUCAAAUUGGUGAACAGCGUGACUCGCAUCCCCAUUCGAUUGUACCUUAGUAGCGAAAGUGGGUACUACCUAGACAUCUCUAUGUACAAGGAGGUACUCGAUGAGAGGGUUGGACAGAUAAAAUACGAGGCGUAUGGCUCAAGACAUGGACCCCUGCAUGGCUUGUUGUUGAGCACCCCUUACGUCACUAAAGAUCAUCUGCAGUUGAAAAGGUUCCAGGCACAAACCAACGGUACCACCUACAUAUACGACUUUCCUGAAAUGUUUAGACAGGCUCUGCUCUCGUUAUGGAGGGAGACCCAGCUGAGGUCGUCCAGCACGUUCAACCUUCCAAGCACUGUACUCUCCACUGUUGAGUUGGUCCUCGACAACACUGAACAACUGGUCCAGAUGAACAGACUGCCAGGAGAAAAUAAUAUUGGCAUGGUUGCUUGGAAGAUGAACCUGAUGACCCCUGAGUUCCCUGAAGGUCGUGACGUCAUCGUCAUCGGGAAUGACAUCACCUUCCAGAUUGGAUCGUUCGGUCCUAAGGAGGAUGUAUUGUUUCAGAAAGCUAUGCAGCUGGCCCGCCAACUGAAAGUUCCGUGCAUCUACUUGUCUGCAAAUUCUGGUGCUCGCAUCGGAUUGGCUGAGGAGAUCAAACAUCUAUUCCACGUUGCCUGGAUCGAUGCUGAUGAUCCAGAUAAGGGCUUCAAUUAUUUGUAUCUGACGCCUGAUGAGUACAAGAAGGUAAGUUCGAAGAACUCCAUACAGGCAGAACUCAUUGAAGACAAGGGAGAGACUAGGUACAAGAUAACCACUGUUAUCGGUCAGGACGACGGCAUAGGUGUGGAAUGUUUGAUGGGGUCAGGGAUGAUAGCAGGUGAGAUGUCGGCAGCAUUCAGCGAAAUCAUCACCAUGAGUCUGGUGUCCUGUCGGGCGGUCGGUAUUGGAGCCUACCUGGUCAGGCUGGGUCACAGGGUCGUACAGGUGGAAAACUCGCACAUCAUUCUCACAGGCGCUGGUGCCCUCAAUAAGGUUCUUGGACGAGAAGUGUACACGAGUAACAAUCAGAUCGGAGGCAUACAGAUCAUGUACAACAACGGAGUUUCACACGCUGUAUCUUCUGAUGAUUACAAUGGCGUACUCACCAUGCUCAAGUGGCUCUCCUACAUGCCUAAGUAUAAGGAUGGUCCAUCGGCCACCGUUGAGCCUACAGACCCAGUAGAUCGGAUUAUUGAAUUCACUCCAACAAAGGCGCCAUAUGAUCCGAGAUUCAUGUUGGAUGGCAGACCGCAUCCAGAAAAUCUGGAAGAAUGGCAGUCUGGAUUUUUUGAUAAGGGUUCUUGGAUGGAAAUCAUGGCACCUUGGGCACAAACGGUCAUCUGCGGUAGAGCCAGAUUGGGAGGCAUUCCGGUUGGUGUGAUCGUGACGGAAACGAGGACUAUCGAGAUGACCAUUCCUGCUGAUCCUGCUAAUCUAGAUUCCGAAGUCAAGGUGAUCCCACAAGCAGGUCAGGUCUGGUUUCCAGACUCUUCUUACAAAACUGCACAGGCCAUCACAUACUUCCACAGGGAACAACUUCCUCUCAUCAUCUUUGCCAACUGGAGAGGAUUUUCUGGCGGAAUGAAAGACAUGUUCGAUCAAAUAUUGAAAUUUGGAUCAUAUAUUGUCGAUGGCCUACGUGAGUACAGCCAGCCGAUCAUCAUCUACAUCCCUCCCAAUGCGGAGUUGAGGGGGGGAGCCUGGGCCGUCCUUGACACCAAGAUCAAUCCUGAGUACAUUGAGAUGUACGCGGACAAAGAGGGCAGAGGUGGAAUCUUGGAAGCAGAAGGUACUGUUGAAAUAAAAUUCCGCAUGAAAGACCUGAUGAAGAUGAUGCACCGACUUGAUCCGCUCUGCAGACAACUAAAAGAUAAACUUUCCAUGGAAAUUCCUCCGCCGGAAAAGACGAAACUGGAGAAGCAAUUGAUGGACCGGGAAUCCCAGCUGACUCCCAUGUACCACCAGGUGGCGGUUAUGUUUGCUGACUUGCACGACACUGCCGCCAGGAUGCACGAGAAGGGAUGCAUUCACGAUGUUUUAGUGUGGAAGCACUGUCGCAAGUUUCUGUACUGGAGACUGAGGAGGUUGUUGAUGGAGGAGACAGUGAAGAAGAAGAUCAGGCAGAUUAAUCCUGAAUUGAAGGGUGGUCAGAUCAAAUCCAUGCUGAGUAGGUGGUUCGUUGAAUCAAAGGGAACAGUUAUGGCACACCUGUGGGAUGAUAACAAGGCGGUCGUUGAAUGGCUGACUGAGCAGAUGGAUCCCAUAAAUGUAGAACAGUCGAUUGUCAGUGAGAACAUCCGAAGUUUUAAGAGGGACAAAUUAAUUGAACAGAUCAGAAGUCUCGUAAGCGAGAGUCCAGAGUUGACGAUGGAAUGUUUCUCGUACCUCGUCCAAGAUCUGACCAUCACACAGAGGACAGACGUCGCUAACAUGCUCUCCAAAGCAAAUCAAAACAUUCCAUCCAACAAAAGAACUUGA